CUAGUAACAUUCACCAUCAAUUCAUCAUGUCGUAGUAUCAAAAAGAAAGUGAUGGAGAUUCUAGAUAAAGUCACAAUUGAUGAGUCGACAAACCAGGAAUGCAAGGCAAAUGACAAGCGCUUGACAGAAAACGCUCCGGGAUCGACGGUCGGCUCCCGGACGAGUGGCAAUCUUUGCUCCUUUGUGCAAAAGCUCGCGGGUCACUUUGAUGAGGACCCGUCAAUGGUCUCCAUCUUUGGGGGAAGUCCAGAGUAUUAGUCUAGGUGCAGAUCUUAGAUUCUAUCUAUCGCUGUCGCUCGAAUCUGAUCUGUGCUUAUUUUCCGAAUUAGGGCGUCGUAGACUCGUAGCAGACCAUUGAAGCAAAUGACAUGCAGUAUCUAGGAAAAUACCCGAAUCGGGACUUGACUGGAUUUCGAUUUGAUUGAUACAUCUGACAAGUCAAAUAUGUUAGUUUCCCAGAAACGCUGGAAUCAGUAAU